UUGUUCAAAUAUGGUAGCUUCCAUAGUGGCGUUAAAAGUGAAUGAAUGGUUUAGGAUUUUUUUAGAAUCAAAGCAGAGCAUACGAAUAUUUAUAUGCUCUGAUCAAAGUAAAACGCGAUGACAGUGUAGCAAAAUGUUUCAGUUUUUAGCAAAGAAAUGUGCACGCUACAGUAUUUCCGCACGUAACGUUAGGUGCGCAGCAAGGCACCAGCGAAAUGCACAUUCUGCAGCCGGUUAUAGGCUUAGGCAAGAGGACGAUGAAAGAGAACGGGUAAAUAUCGGGGGAAGCAAUGACGACAGGCAGACAUCAGAGAAGAUUUAUGAUCAGCUCUACCCGCACCACAUAUGCACUACUCCCCUACAAAAAGCUAUUCUGACAGUUGGAUCCGGUGCUAUCGCGCUGUUUGCACCAUGGAGAGGCGACAUGGUUGCUACUUUCGGCGAAACGACAGCAAGUCUUGCAUUGAAGGGCAUGAAAGAGAAAAUGCAACGUGAUGUCGUCGGGCGACAAAUUCUACAGGAGCAGCCACGUAUAAACAUGAAAACACUUGACCUUCCCUAUUUGGAAUCACUUCCCGACGACACGUUUGGCUACGCGUAUGCCACAAACUUUCUCAAGCGGUACAACUUGAAUCCUGAUGACCGUCCACCCGUCGAGUUCAUUGACGAUGCGCAGCUGUGGUACGUGAUGACCCGAUACAGAGAGGUACACGACCUGCUCCACACAUUGCUUGGUAUGCCAACAAACAUGCUAGGAGAGGUGGCUGUGAAAUGGUUCGAAGGGUUACAGACUGGUCUUCCCAUGUGUGUCCUUGGGUCUAUGUUUUCCCCAAUGAGAUUUGGGCCGAAGUUCAGCAGACUGUACGCAACGCAGUUUCUUCCCUGGGCACUGAACACAGGCAGGAAUGCAAACUUCUACAUGAAUGUCUAUUUUGAGAAGGAAUUCGAAAAGCCAAUGGAUGUACUGAGAAAUGAAAUGGGCAUCCCACCACCACCACAGAUGUAAUUGAAUUUUUUUCGCACAAUCUUCCUAAACCAUUAAAUUAUUUGUAUACAUAUUUAAAAUGUAUGUGUAUACUAUUGUGAGACAAAUCAAGAUAAAAUAAUAAGACAAAAACCUUU